AUGCCACAACGUAUAACGAGGAAAGAAAAAGAAACGUUGUUGAAAAAACAAAGGUAUGUUCUAAUACGUGAACAAACUUAUGAAGAAAGUAUUUGCUUAAUAUCGCGUGAUGAGAUCGUACCACCAUUGAAAGAAAAUAUAUUUCAAAUUGGAGAAUUGAUUAGUGUAUCUGUACCAAAUUCAUAUUGUGGGAAAGGCCAUAUUAUUGCUGUAUUUGAUCGUUUAGCUGAACUACUAGAAGAACAAGAUGUUAAUGAAAGUGAAGAGGAGGAAACACACAAACCAUCACAAUCUGGUUCAGCUAGAAAAACAGUCAAACAAACGUUAAUACAACACUCGAAAGAAAAUAUCGAACCUGCUCAAUCGCCAAAACAGCAAGAAGAACCACAAUCACAAAAAGGUCUUACGUUUAUCGAACAACCUUCGGGUUCAAUUCAUACAAUUCUACCUCAUAUUUUAUCUUCGCCACCAUUAAUUAAUACAAUAACGAUAAUGGAUGAAGAAGAUGAGGUCAAUAAUGACGCAGAAGAAGCUGAUUGUGAAACUAAUCGGGAACCAAAAACAAGUACACCAAAUCGUUCGCAACGAAAUAAAGACGCAGCUAACAUAUCGUUUACGACAAAAAAUGUUGAAGAUUUAUCGACUUCAUUUUGGCAAAAUAGAGUUGCUGAUUUAGAGAAGAAAUUGGUUAGUGAAACAAAAGCACACGGUGAAACCAAAAACGAACUUUUGCAAUAUAAAGCAGCUUCGAUUGGUAUGAAUGUUUUUUUGCUCUUUCCUGCAUAUUCUUUACAUCUUUUUCUGCUCUUUUGUCUUUACUGCAAAACUUCCAGGAUCAAUGAUGUCUGUACGUUGUUCAUUGAUAAUUUAUCAAAUAAACUAAAUUUAAAACGCGGUGUUCAACUUGAUAAAGAAGGAGAGGCCGAAUUAUUAGGAUUAACGUUGGCUGAAGUUGAGGAAUGUGUCGGAAAAACCCAUAACGUCACAGGACGUAACUUGUUUUCGAAAGUUUUUCCGGAUUUUAAAAGUCAUCCAGUCAAAUAUGAUAUAUGGCAACAUAAAGACGAUGAGGAUCUCGCGAAGUUCGAAAAGAUUUUUGAAUUUGGUGGCUCUUAUUUUGGAAUGACAUGGAAUAAAAGAGAAAAGAAAAAAGAAAGAUCUCAAAGUCAAUCUUUAAUUAUAUUUGGAACUGGUACUGAUGGUCAACUACGAAGUGAUCAUGGUCCAACAAGUAGACCAGCAGCUAUUGUUGAUGAUUAA